AUGCAUGUUGGACAGACCAGCAAGCUGAUUAUCCCGGGGUUCCUCAAUGGAUACACAAUGUACAUCUCUGGCGAAUCAGAUGCAGGUAGCUAUGGCCGCCUUGUUAGCUGGGACGAUGCCGACGACGCAUUCAUGCUCAUGCAAAGUGGUCUCAGUUUCAGCCAGGAACGGAGCUUCUCGUUCUGGAACGUGACAAAUGUGAAUGCCUGCCGCCAGGCUGAAUUGGAUAGAUUGUGGAAGGUCGUCGAUGAGCAUUUUCAGAAACAUACCGACGAAACACUUUACGAGAUAUUCCUCAGUCAUGAUGGGAAAGCUCGAGAGAUCCGUCGUACGCCCGAAUGGACACCUCCAUCAAAAGUGUCCCAGCUGAAUAACAAGGGGAAAGAAAAGGAAGCUCUUAGUGACUCUUUUUCCCGCCUUAACGUCGAACCCGACAAACCGAGCAGCUUCAAAGAACCCGGAGUAUUUCGAGCACCUAAGAUCAAAACUCGCGGCCUAUCUCCCCUGCCUGAUUCUAGCGAGGCAACACGAGCCCUGCCCGACGAUUCGACUCCGCCCUUCCCAGUCUUUACCCUGCCGCGAAGCGCUUACAAAGUCUUCGCCUUUCUCUUCCUAACAUCCUCUAGUCCCUCCCAUGGCGGCGAAAUUGCGUGGACGGAUUUCCUGCACACAAUGACAAGCAUCGGCUUCGCAGCGGAGAAGUUAUAUGGCUCCGUAUGGCAGUUCACUCCACAGGAUGGAUUAGAUUGGGAGAACACGAACACUCGGGGAAUUCAUAUCCACGAACCGCAUCCAACGCCGAAGAUGGGACUUGGCACGGCGAGACGGGUCGAGAGACGAUUGGAACGGAGGUACGGACUCAGCGCAGAGAGGUUUGCUUUGGCGUGA